GUUGCCGUGGGUAUCUGGUAGAGACGUCUGUCUGAGGCCUCCUUUUCCACCUACUUGCCCCUUCCCUUUGGCUUUGCAGCUGCAGAACCACGUUAUGCAUCUCCGGGAGGAGCUGGACCGAGAACGGGAAGAGCGCAACUGUUUCCAGCUGGAACGUGACAAGAUCCACACCCUGUGGGAGAUCACGCGGCAGCAGCUGGAGGAGAAGAAAGCAGAGCUGCGGAACAAGGACCGGGAGAUGGAGGAGACGGAGAAGCGGCAUCAAGUGGAGAUCAAGCUUUACAAGCAGAAAGUGAAGCACUUGUUGUACGGGCACCAGGAAAACCUCACGGAGCUGAAGGCGGAGAGCACCCUGUCCGUGAUGCGGGCCCAGAAGGAUCACUGGGCCCAGGAGAUGGAGCUGCAUAAGGACAUGCGCUCCCUGAAAGUGGAGCUGAAGGAGCAGGAGCUGGCCAACGAGGCGGUGGUCAAAAACAUGCGCCUGCUCGAGGCCAAGUACACCGAGAAGACGCAGAUGCUGCGGGACGAGCUGGACUUGCGGAGGAAGACGGAGAUCCACGAAGUGGAGGAGAGGAAGAACAGCCAGAUCGAGGAGCUAAUGAGGUUCCAUGAGAAGGCCUUCAGGGACAUCAAGGACUACUACGACGACAUCACCCCCCAAAACCUGGAGCUCAUCAACUUGCUGAAGGAGCGGAUAGGGAAGAUGAAGCAGGAAAAGAAUAAAUUGGAAAAGGAGAAGGCGGAUGCGCUGCUCCAGAACAAGCGGCUGAGGGAGACCCAGCAGCAGGCCCAGGAGCUG